AUGUCUUCUAUACCAGCGGCUGAUGAAAUAGAUGAAGCGGAAGAACGCGCCCAUUUUCAAGCUGUAGUAAACACUUUUAAGUAUUACAAAUUAUGUUGCUUAGACAGAAUACACAAAUCGGAAAAAAUCAUCUCAAUGUUACCAAAGUCACACCAACAGAGACUAGAGAAAUACAGAACUUACCUCACUAAGUUUAAAAACUGUCUUGACGCUAAUAACAGUAUAGUACAUCUCAUCAUUGAACAUGUGGAUAGAAUAUUCGAAAAUGUCGACCACACUAUAGACGUGGCUGAGACAAAUGGUUCCGAAAUUGGAUUCAAUUAUAAUAAUUGUGAGAUUAGCUCACAGAAACAGCAUAAAAUGCAGCAUGAUGUUGAAAAGGUGCAAUCAGUGCUAAAAAACAUAGUAAGGGAUUGGAGUGCAGCCGGAGCAGCCGAGAGGGAACAGUGCUAUAAACCAAUUUUAGAUGAACUAGAAGCAAGGUUUCCUGAAGAAAACUUUAAUGAUAGAUCACACAUUAAAGUUUUAGUUCCCGGUGCUGGUUUGGGAAGGUUGGCCUGGGAGGUCUCAGUCAUGGGAUUCACCUGCCAGGGAAACGAGUUUUCACUAUUCAUGCUGUUUGCCAGUAACUUCAUAUUGAAUAAGUGCCAUGAGGCAAACAAAUACACAGUAUACCCAUGGGUGCAUCAAUAUGUGAACCACAUGACAAGCGACCAUCAGAUAGUGGCUGCCACCUUCCCAGAUCUUCCACCAUCUUGUCAACAUUCGCACUUCUCCAUAGCUGCUGGAGAUUUCUUGAAGGUAUACACCCAGAUGGACGAAUGGGACUGUGUCGCGACGUGUUUUUUUAUCGACUGUGCCCCCAACGUUAUCGAGUUUAUUGAAAGGAUAUAUGCUAUACUGCGUCCUGGGGGUCUAUGGAUUAACUUGGGACCAUUGUUGUAUCAUUAUAGUGACAUGCCAAAUGAGAUUAGCAUAGAGCCACCGUACGACGUUCUGCUCGACGUCAUUCGGGACGUGGGUUUCGAUAUAUUGAAGGAACGCACCGGCGUAAAGACGAAAUACGCACAGAACCCAAACUCGAUGCUGCAACACGAAUACAAUUCGGUUUUCUUCGUCUGCAGAAAGCCUUAUUAA